CUGUUCAAAGGGAGGUGCACAGGCAGAUACGGCUUGUCUCAAGUAAGCAGUCUUAAGAUUCGAAAAGAAGAAAAUACAUUUUAAGGAGCCUUCCAUUUCUUCUUCAAUGAAAGAAGUUUGAAUUGAAGAAAACAUGCUGACUCAAACCUCCCUUCAUUCACUGUUACUCAUUUUACUUUAUUUGAUGACUGGAUAUGGUCAAGAUGGAGAAUUCAGAGGACCUUUGAAACCUAUGGUAUUUUCUAUAUCUGAAGGUGAAGAAAAAACUAAUCAAGUUAUAUUUCAGUUUAAGACUAACACUCCCAAUGGGAAAUUUCAAUUAAGCGGUGAGACAGAUAACAUUUUUCAUAUCAAUCCAGACGGAAUACUGUAUUAUACUGGAAUCCUGGAUAGAGAAAAGAGAGCUGUCCACAAUCUCCAGGUAGAAGUCUUGGAUGCCAGUGGGAAGCUAGUAGAGGGUCCAUUUCCUAUCACUAUUGAAGUUAAAGACAUCAAUGACAACCGUCCAGUCUUUCUGCAGACACGGUACAAUGGGACUGUGAGACAGAAUUCUCGUCCAGGAAAGCCCUUCAUGUAUGUCAACGCUACAGACCGGGAUGAUCCCACUACUCUCCAUGCUAAGCUUUUUUAUCGGAUUGCCAUACAGCUUCCCAAGAUAAAGGAUGUGAUGUAUUUUCAGAUAAACAACCAAACAGGUGGAAUCUCCCUCACCUUAGAAGGGUCAAAGGAAUUAGAUCCAUUUAAGAAUGACCGUUAUGACCUAGUGGUUUCUGUGAUGGACAUGGGCGGUCAGUCAGAUAAUUCUUUCAGUGACACUGCAUCUGUGGAUAUUAUUGUAGAAGAAAACAUUUGGAAGGCACCAGGUCUUGUUACCAUUAAGGAAAAUUCUACUGAGCCUCAUCCUUUAAAAAUCACUCAGGUACGGUGGAAUGAACCAGGUGCUCACUAUUUCUUGUAUGAAAAGGAGAAGCUACCUCGAUUUCCAUUUUCAAUUGACCAAGAUGGAAUUAUUUAUGCGACUGAACCAUUGGAUAGAGAAGAAAAGGACUCAUAUGUUUUCUAUGCAGCUGUAAAGGAUGAGAAUGCACGACUCAUAGCAAGACCACUGGAAAUCCAAGUUGAAAUAACAGACAUUAAUGACAACCCCCCUGUAUGCCCUUCUCUAGUGACAGUAUUUGAGGUCCAGGAGAAUGAAAAAAUAGGCAGCAAUAUUGGAGUCUUCCAGGCCCAUGACAUGGAUCAACAGGGCACUACUAAUAGUUUUUUACAGUAUGAGAUUGUGGAACAGAGCCCCUUGCUUCCAAGUGAAGGGCUUUUCCUCAUUCAAAAAGUUAGUGCAGUUAUCCAGCUGGCUAAAGGAUCAUUAAGAAAGCAAGAUGUUUCUCAGUAUCACUUAAAGGUGCAAGUGUCAGAUCCAGAUUUCAAGACAAUCUGUCAUGUGAUAGUAAAUGUUAUUGAUAUCAAUGAUCAGAUCCCCAUUUUUGAAAAAAACUCUUAUGGUAAUCUGACUAUUAAUGAAGAUGCUGCUGUUGGUACAACAAUUCUCACCAUCCAGGCUACUGAUGCUGAUGAACCAUUUACUGGGAGUUCAAAAAUCCUGUAUAAUAUUGUUGAGGGGGACCCUAAUAGAAAACUUGUUAUUGAGACUGAUCCCAUCACCAAUGCUGGAUAUGUCAAGAUAAAUAAGCCUCUUGAUUUUGAAACAGAGCCAAUGUACAAUCUUGUAAUCAAGGCUGAAAAUCCUGAGCCACUUGUUAAGGAAGUACACUACAAUGAAAGUUCCUAUGCACACUUUUUUCUUAAGGUGUCAGAUGUGAAUGAACCUCCUGUAUUCUCCCGUGCAUUGUACCAAGCACAAGUACUUGAGAAUGCUGAUAUAAACACAAAAUUGAUUAUGGUGAAUGCCACUGAUCCUGAGGGAUUGCCAGUAAGCUACUCUUUGAGUGGGGACACCCAAGGCUGGCUGAGAAUUGAUGGAGUCACUGGUGAGAUCUUUACCAUGAAACACUUGGACAGGGAAGCUGCAAAAAAUUAUCAAGUGAAAGUAAUAGCCACUGAGAAAGGUCGAUCUUUUUUGACAUCCUCAGUAUAUUUUCACUUAACCCUCAUGGAUGUGAAUGACAACCCUCCUCGGUUAGUGAAAGACUACACUGGCUUCUUCUUCUGCUAUCCACUUAAAGCCAAAGGAAGUGUCAUUUUUGAAGCCACUGAUGAUGACCAGCCACCACAUAGGGGUUUUGACUUUACUUUCUCCCUUGGCAGUGAACCCUUGAAGUAUGAUUGGGAACUUUCCAAAAUUAACGGCACCCAUGCUCAACUUUCCACAAAACACACAAAUUUCGAAGAGAGGGUAUACCAAGUUUAUGUCAAAAUUAAUGAUGGGGGGAACCCACCUUUAGAAAACACUGUCUCUUUCCCAGUCACUAUGUGUACGUGUGUUGAUGGAAGAUGCUACCAGCCAGCAGAUACUAUGCCUGGGAUGCCCACAUUAGGCAUGGCAAUUGGUACUCUCCUAACAACUUUCAUAGUCAUUGGUGUGAUUUUAACAGUAACAUUUAUCUGUUUGAAGAAAAAGAAUAAUGAAAAUAAAGCUAAUUCAAAACUUGCUCAGUCACCUGAAAGUGAUCCUCUAAGGACAUGAUUCUGAGGAACAGUUUUUGCAUUAAAAGGAAUUGAUGGAGACUGAAUGCCAAUUGAAGCAUACCAUUCUUCACUUUAUUUCCACCAUGCAUUUAUUUUUAGUGAAAGUGAUAUGUGUUUUCUUUUAUAAUAUGACAAACAUGGAAAUAAAUAUUGUAUGGAACAUGUCAACCUAUAUCAUAUUCCCAUCUAUCUUGAAGGGGGGAAGGUAAGAGACAGGGAACAAACACAGGUUGCAAAAUGUCAGAAAACAAUUAUUAGAAAUUACAUCAACUUGUAAAAACAAUUUUUAUAAAUGUAUUAGCAGGACUUGGUGAAAAAGUGUAAUGCCUUACUACUGGAAGAAAAGUAAUACAUUCAUUAGUCAAUUCAACUAAUAAACAAUUAUUACCUCAAAAAAAAACACAACAGUUUUUAAGUUUAACUAUCAGAUGUCUAUUUUGCUACUGUGGCCUUUUGUUUGAUCACUAUAUUUUUUGAAAAGUGUAAACAUUGAUCAAUAUUUGUUCUAUCAAAUUCUUGACAGAAAUGUGCUCUCACCCAAUCGUUAGUUACUUUAAAAUAUUAUGCAGGGGGGCAGCUGGGUAGCUUAGUGGAUUGAGAGCCAGACUUAGAGACGGGAGGUCCUAGGUUCAAAUCUGGUCUCAGACACUUCCCAGCUGUGUGUCCCUGGGCAAGUUACUUAACCCCCAUUGCCUAGCCCUUACCACUCUUCUGCCUUGGAGCCAAUACAUAGUAUUGAUUCCAAACGGAAGGUAAGGGUUUAAAAAAAUAUUAUGCAGGCACAUAGUACUCUCCAUUCUUCCAUGGCAUAUGUUUCUACUGUGAUGCACUUAGUUAUUUAUCCAAGAAUCUGAAUGAGCAUUGAGAUCCAGGAGGCCGGGUACUAUACUAGAAAUAGCAGAAGGCUUGGAGUCAAGAAGGGAUGGGUUCUAAUACAACCUCUACUACAACUGCCUGUGUAACAAUGGGGCAAGGCAAUUCUCACUCUGACAAAAACAUAGAUUCUCAAUUAUUUAUAUCAGACUUGAAAACUGACAUUUGUUUAGUACCAUUACAGAAGAGAAGAGAAUCUCUUUCCUCCUUUUGUUACAAGUUCUGCUAUUCUGAUGACCCGUACAUUUUCUUCCAUUAUACUUGAUAUGGCAUAAAGGAGCCAUAUCUAUGAAUUUUUCAGAUGACUUCUUCCAAAACUAUUUUUGGUCUUCUACUUCGACAAGUGUUAGAUAUUACUUAUCUUCUUUUUUGCGUGUAUAUGUCUAAAAAUAAGUUCUAAUACUUUUUCUUUACCAUGGAAUGGAAUGGAAAGAGCAUCUAUUAAGUGGCAAUACAUUUAUUAAGUGCUUACUAUGUGCCAAGCAUGGAGCUAAGUACUGGGGAUACAAGUCAAAAAUUGAGACGCUUUCCUUUCAAAGGAAUUCACAUUACAAUUGGUUGGGGAGAGCACAUUACAUCUUUGUCAUUUCCCAAUGCUCUCACCUUAGCAAUAGAACCUGCCCUUGUAAUUAGCAAAGCAAAGCAACACAUUAAUUACAUCUGACAACAUAUGCCCCAUUUCACACCAGUUUACCAGGAAGAAGGAAAUACUUUUCAGCACCAGUAUUCUAUUCUGUAUUUAUUCCCUUAUAUCUCAAUAUUAUCCCAUUUCUGUGGAAAGUUUAUCACAGAGGAAAAAAAAAAACAAAAUAGAACCUUAAAGGGAGGGGCUUAAAGAUCAUUCUGCUUUGUGCUGAAUAACAAUAAAUUCAACAUAACUAGUCUUUGUUCCCUCAUCAUGGCUUGCUAAAUACCCCAGUUUUUAAAAGGCACAAACCAGGAGAUCUUAACAUUACAGGCUUGCUCUUUUUGACAUGAUCCAUAGUGUAUGGUGCACAGUGCAAAAGUGUAACAAUUAACAGACCUUUUAUAAGCACACCAUUAUCUUCAUGGGCUAUUGGUUUCCAACUUGGGAUACUUUUUGUAUGCAUAUUUUAAUAGCUUUGACCUUUUUUUGGAUUUUUACUGUGUAAUGAAAAAUAAGAAAUGUUGAUGAGAAAUAAAAGUGAAAUUUGA